AUGUCAGAUCCAAAGGAAAACAUGGCUCUCCUUCUCCAAUCGGAGACUGACUUCGGUCUUGGAUUACUUCGUCAGCAAAACCUUACUGAAUCGCUCGUGUUCUCUCCACUUUCUAUUGCUCUUGCUCUCUCACUUGUCCACGUGGCAGCCAAAGGAGAAACACGUGACCAGAUUCGUGAGGCACUUGUCAAAGGGGCCACAGAUGAGCAACUCGAGCAACACUUUGCCAAUAUCUCCGCCGCACUUCUAGGAGCUGAAAAAGGAACUCAAGUUAAUAUCGCAAACCACGUCUUCUCGAGAACUGGAUUCCCCAUCAAGCAAUCUUACUUGGACACUGUAAAGAAGUUGUACAACGCUGGAGCUUCUUCACUUAACUUCCAGGAUGCUGAAGCAUCAGCAGAAGCAAUCAACAAGUUUGUUCGUGAGAAUACCGGAGAGCACAUCAAAACGAUUAUAAAUGCGGAUAGUAUUUCAGAUGAUCUCGUUGCUGUUCUCACGAAUGCGCUCUACUUCAAGGCUGAUUGGCAAAACAAGUUCAAGAAAGAGUCAACAUUCAAACGCGAAUUCUUCAGUUCAGCUGACUCCAAACGCGAAAUUGACUUCCUUCACGCAUCAGCAGUCAAUAGAAAUUAUGCUGAAAAUGAUCAAUUCCAAGUGUUGAGUCUUCCAUACAAGGAUGAAACUUUCGCCCUGACAAUCUUUCUUCCAAAAACUCGCUUCGGUUUGUCAGAUGCUCUCAAGAAUUUGGAUUCCGCUUCAAUUCAACACCUUAUGUCUAAUGUCUCCAACGAGUUGGUCAACGUCAGAAUUCCAAAGUGGAAAAUCGAAACCGGAUUGGGACUCAACGAAGCACUCCAGGCUAUUGGAAUCAAGAAAGCUUUCGAUCAGUCGGCGGACCUCGGAAACUUCGCUGAUGGAGUCUACGUCUCGAAAGUCACACACAAGGCGAUGAUUGAGGUCGAUGAAGACGGAACGAAAGCCGCUGCCGCCACUACAGUUUCGAUUUCGCUGAAAUCUGCGAUGUUCCCAGUCGAAGAACCGAAAGAUUUCAUUGCCGAUCACCCAUUCCUCUUUGUCGACGAGGCUGGAACAACUGCAGCUGCUGCAACAGUUGUCCUGAUGAUGAGGAAAUCAGCGAAACCCCAGAUGAAGAGUUCAAUUGAUUUUCAAGCGGAUCACCCAUUCCUCUUUGUUCUUUCCCAAAACAGUCAUCCACUUUUCAUAGGAAUUCAUAAUUGA